AUGGAAGGAGAUGCGCGUUUCGUGGUGGAUCGGACGAACGAUCUCGAGGAGCAGCUAUCUCCCGGUUUCCAGAAGGCUUACACCUUUAGCCUGCCGACGGUAACGCGACAGAUGCUGUGGGACUACAUGUUGCAUCUGAUGAAAGCGGUUUCCGGCAACGAUAGCCACCUGAAGGCGCUCCAAUCGUGUGCGGAAAACAAUCCCGAGUAUGGCGACGAUUCGGUCGGCUGUGUGCAAUUGCGGCGCGAGGACUCCUACUGCACGGUGAAGGGUCAAAUACAUUCGAUUGGCCCGUGUGACGAUGGAGAAAAUAUGGAAAUCAAAAUCUAUACACUGACGGUCACAAUAGACGAGGUGCACCAUAAGGUGGAAUCGGCCGCGUGCGACGAUUGUGCCGAGCUCGGAUUCUGCCAGCACACGAUCAGCUUCCUGCUGUGGCUACAUACGCAAGACCAGCCCGGUACGCAUCAGGAUGUGGAGUGUUUCUUCCGUUCACCGCUCGCUACCGAGCUGGAGCAGCUACCGGAAAAGCCCCCGGUCAACAAGACCAAAACCAAAAACUUUAUCCGCGAGGUUGUGCACGGGCUGCAGACGGAGGACAUUGACUGUCCGCUGCGAUGGAACUUUUCCUCGGCUAGCAAAAAGUUCGCCAACCUAUCGAUCCACGAGCUGAUCAUUUGUGGCGUGAAAAAUCGGUACACGGUUUCGCAGUUCUUUGAGCAUGCGCAAGCCGUCGUCGCGUCCGCUUCGGGUGUGCUGGCGGAUAAGGUGAAAUUUCAACCGCGGUUCCAUCCAUGGUUCCAGGAGCUACGGUACGGGCGUAUAACAGGCGCGAAGGUGUACGAAUGUACCCUGCCGAAGGUGUCGCCCGAGCUGCUGCACGAGAAGAUACUCGGCUGCAACAAGGAGAUGGAUAUGCAGAUGCAGCGCAAGAAGCUGGCCAUUCGUCAGCGGCUGGAGAAGUACACCAAGCGAACGUACGAGAGUCCGCGCAUCACCAUGAACGCCUCCUUUCCGAUCAUCUUCAACGUGCCGGACGGUAUCUGCACGCAGCACGUGGUGGAAAUCAAAUGCCCCAGGUCGCACGAGAACAUGAAGAAGUACGUCACCAACGAUGGUAGCCUGCAGGAGAAGUACUAUCUGGAGAUGCAGGUCCACAUGCUGAUGUACGGCGUCUCGUCCGGAGUGGUAUGCGUGGCCGAUCCCAACUUUGAGACGAACAACGAGCUGUUUAUGCACUCGUUCAAUCUCAACAAACCGUUCGUGAUGAAGAAGCUCCAGAGAGCGCUCGAAUACUGGGAGAGCCAUGUGUUCCCGGAGCUGAUGGCGAGCUGGUCGGAGUGA